UAAAUGUCAUCAAGGCAGAUAAGAAGAUUAAAGGAGAGGUUAAAGGAGGAAUCAGAUGAAGAAUUGGAACGGAAAUUCAUAAUAAGAAAUGAUAGGCCAAAGUUCUCAUUCACACAACUCGAAGAUUCCAGCGAUUCCGACACUGGUACAUCCUCAAAUGAUGACACAUCUGAUCAUUCAGAUGAUUCUGAUAAUUUAAGUGAUUCUGGAGGUUCUAAAAAUUCUGGAAGUUCUGGUAAUUUGGAUAUAUUGAACGGGAAGUCUGGAAAUUUUAAAAAUUUGAAACAAGAUACUCAAUCAUCAGAGGAAGAUUCAGAUUGGGAAAAGUUAUUAAAUGAAGUAACUGAAGUCAACACCGAGUCAAUUUCUAGUUCUGAACCUGUUUCAAAUCAUUUCUUAUCAUCUCCUCAACAUUACUUCAGAAUCAAAGAUAUGGAUAAGAAUAAGUAUGUAAAAUCGCAUGGGUAUUCUACGAGAUUCUGGCUUUGCCCAUCCAUUACCACCAAAGAGUCAAUGCAGUUGAGACUUUUAUCCUCCAAACUUGUUGAAAUCGGAUGUGAAACGCAUGAUAAUCGGGACAGAUUCACACUUAUACUCUCUCCAACAUAUCAAGAAGUUGAUUAUUUAAGUUCAUCAGCCUUGAAUACACAAGAUUUUGAACUAUUCCGCUCACUCUUACAUUCAAAUCCAACGCAUUUAGGACUACUCAUACGCUCAGCUCUCAUUAACACCAUCACAAACAAUCAUGAGGAAUCGUUUGCGAAUUUGUAUUUGGCUUUGAAAAUACUACAGACCAUUUUACCACACCGGUUUAACCUUUAUCGCACAACCAACUUCUCAGAUCUCACUCUACCCAAUGUAUAUUUACCGUGCUUGGGAGAUAAUAUAGUAAUAUACCGUCUACUAAUAUUGUAUAUGAUAUCGUUGGAGAGGAAAGGACAGUGGCAGACAGCUUUGGCAGUCUGUAAGCUUUUGUUGGCAAUGGACUACCCAAAUGACACAUCGCAUGCACUUUUGCACGUUGACUUGUACCUGCUCAACUCAUUCUCACCAGACUCAUCACUCAUCCAAUUCUCAAGGAAUUACAACUCAAUUAGCCCUGAAAUGCCUUUGUUGUACUUAUUUUUACCAAACUUCUCACUAACACUUGCGUUGCAAGUGUACUUGGGGAUGGAUCUUAAGAGGAACCAGUGUGACUUGGAAGAGAUUAAAUCUCAGUUACCAGCCGUUUUAGACCUCGAUUGUGAUCUUGCAGAGCUGGCUGAGAAUCCAAACCCUAACACGCCUUUUUUACUAUUGAUCAGGUCACUACUCCAAUUCCCAAUAUUCAUUGUUAAGAUGAGUGAAAGAGUUGGGACCUCUGGUGAGGUGAGGAAUUGUGCAAUGAAGGAACCGUUCAGUCACUGGAGCUCAGUACAGGAUCUUGGCUACGAAAAUCCAUAUGAUCAACUGACUCGGUGUUAUGUGUACAAGUGCGGUGACCUUUGGAGCUCUAACAACUCAACAUUUUUAGGUCAAACAGCAACCAUGUUAGUCCAGUUGUACCAGGAUAAGGAGGUUAGAGAUUUGAUUAACCAGUUCCAGGACAAUUAUUUUGAUUUCAGAAAUGAAAUUGAACUCCCGGAAGAAUACACAAACGUAUCAAUAACGGAAUUCGAUCUCGCAAACUACUCACUUCCAAUGCUACUCGACUUCCAAACCUAAUCUCAUCCGAUUUUA